CGACUGCUCACAUUCCUCACCGCAACAAACCUAAGAAUCGUGUUGCUGUCGUUUUACUCAAAGCAAUAAUACCCAUGCCGUGCCCAGACUACCUUUGAUCCGCUCAAUGCCCGUCAGGACCUGCAUCUCUUCACUAGCGUCGCCCGCUACGACCGUAUUCGAACCGUAUCAAGCCCAUCCGCGUGAUCGAACCCUGAAGCUCUCGUCCCAUCCACUCUGAGCAGAGUACUACAGUCCACAGUCCACAAUCUACAGUAUAGAGUCGAGCCCUUGAAACGCGAUACACACAAAUGAUGAGCGGACAAAGAACGUAAGACAACAGGCAAGAUGAGUGGGGCUGGAUCCUGGGGGUAUGGGACGUUGUUGCAGACGUUCAUAUGGGGGUAUCUGAUAGGAGGACUGACACUGCUGCCGGCUGUCGCUGUCUUUGCUUGGUACUGGAUUACAGCCCAGACCGACACGAAGCCCCUGGAAGAACCCCCAAACGACCUCGCAGAUCAGGAACGGCGCAGGAAGUCGAAUCGAUCUGUCCAAGAGGGAAAGGAUGAAUACCUCAAGAAUCUUGGGGUAGGCUUGGAUGAACACAUACUCGAAGGCUUGAAGGGCAGGACCCAUGAGGCAGAUGUGUUCGCUGGCUACUUCGCGGUCUGCCGCGAGUAUGUGCCUGGCGGCGUGAAUGGCAAACCCCCAGAGCGCACAACUCCUGCUGGUGCUGUGGUGGCCAUGGAGAGUCCUAGCAUAUACCAGUCGAUGUACAGCAACAUCUUCAACAGGAACAAGACAAUGAGCCCGUCGCUGGACGCACCAAAUACGAAGACGAAGAAGGCCCGGAACGUCUUCUAUGUCGUCUUGAGACUCGGACAUCUCAUGCUGUACGAUAACGAAGAUCAGCUCGAUGUGCGCCACGUGAUUUCGCUCGCACGCUACGAAGUGGAUAUAUACGCUGGAGGCGAACGGAUACCAGAGGGGGAGCUAUGGAUCAAGCGUAAUUGUAUUCGUCUGAAUCAGAAGCUCGAGAGCGACCCUGGCGCCGAAGCGAAGGCCUUCUACCUGUUCUCUGACAAUUGCUCGGAGAAGGAAGACUUCUACCACGCAAUGCUCCAAGCUCAGGAACAUCAUCAGGACCACACAGCUCGCCACCCAUCUCCGGUCCCACUCAAGUUCGACACGCCAGACCUUGUCAAGCUUGUGCAGCAACUACACGCAAACGAAGAAAACCUACAUACACGGUGGAUAAAUGCGCUUAUUGGUCGAGUCUUCCUUGCACUCUACAAGACACCUGAGAUCAAGAACUUCAUAGCGACGAAAAUCACGAAGAAGAUCGCACGUGUACCGAAGCCUGCUUUAAUCAGCAAUGUCCAGCUACGCAAGAUUGACAUGGGUACCCUACCGCCUUUCGUCACGAAUCCCAAGCUGAAGGAGCUCACCGUCGACGGCGAUCUCGUUGUUGAAGCCGACGUAAGCUACAAAGGGAAUUUUCGAAUCGAGAUCCAAGCCACUGCUAGGAUUGAUCUAGGCCAGCGGUUCAAGGCUCGUGAGGUUACGCUAGUCCUGGGGUGUUACCUGAAGCGAUUGGAUGGACACCUACUUCUCCGGAUCAAACCUCCCCCAAGCAAUCGCCUGUGGAUGACCUUUGAAACACCACCACGUGUGGAGCUGUCAGUGGAACCAAUUGUCAGCUCACGACAGAUCACAUAUGGCCCCAUACUCAGAGCUAUCGAGAGCCGUAUCAAGGAGGUAUUGAUCGAAACACUGGUAUCACCAAACUGGGAUGAUAUGCCUUUCAUGGACACGAUUGCGCAGACCAUCAGAGGUGGAAUAUGGGAGGGCGCAGGGAAGGGCAAGGAAGAGCUCGAUGUGAAAGUUGAGGAUAGUUCCGGUCUGGACUCUGCGUCUGUAGAGAUCGAGCAGCUCGAUACCGACUCGAUACACUCUCACCUGUCUGUACCUUCGAGCAUCGACUCAGAAGAGAUCGGGCUGGGGGUUACUUCUGCAACCGACUGGAGGCCAACGCCUACGAAGGCACGCUCAUUACGAUCUACCCCCUCGGUAAAACUACCAUCGAACAACGCAUCUACCGAAACUCUCGAGCCAAGCUCCAAAUCGACACCACACAUCACACCCCUGGGCUCUCCACUGCGAUCCAACACCUCGGAUUUUGCGUCAACACCUCCCGAUAAAGCCACAAAAGAAGUUGCAGUACCAACGCUCUGGUCAGAAUCCUCGCACUUGACACCAAAUCUGCCGACUGAGCCCAUUCACGCCCGAUCAAAAUCGAAGGAGGAUUUGACUCCGGAGCAAAUCGCCGCCGCCGCAGCAGCAGCACACAGUGCUCACACAACCACGACAAAGAAGCAGACUCUCAACCAGUCUUUCAAUGCCGCCGCUGGCGCUGCUCGGAACUGGCUUGCUGCAAAGCAGACUCCUGGGCAGCCUCACCGCAAGAAGAGUAGUGUAGACAGCACCCACUUGCCAAUCGGCGUACAUAUCCGCAAUGGACAGUUCCACGAUGGUGACGCACCCGCCGAAGCUCCAUCACCGCAGCCUGUCACGAAAUCUCACACAGAGCCCAUGGGCCGCGGCCAGCCCUUGCCACCUCCCGGAACGCCUCUGCCUCUACCACCUGGAAAACAGAAGACAUGGGGUGUCCCGAUACAAGCAGCAUCAGCGUUAGCAAAUUUGGCAAAGCGGAAGCCUAUUAGUAGCGGGCCUGCUACCAGCACAGCAGCGCCAGAGAAGACAGCUACUGAACGCCCGGGCUCAUCGAAGUCGUCUUCAAAUGAUAGUCUGCACCAGCUGCAACAGCAUGAUGACCAUGAAUCUCAUUCAGCGUCCGCAAGCGCGCAGCAGGAUAGGGCCGCACCGCGCCGAAAAUCCUCUACGGGGAGCACAACGAGCCAGCACCCUCCAUCGCUGCCGAAACGAAGACAGAGACAGUCCAGCGCAAGUCAACACUUGAACUCAUCAAUCCGACACAGUGCAUACCACGAUGGAGCGGGCGGAGAGGUGUUCGUAGUGGAGGCGCCGCUGGCGGAGGUCAGUGCGCCGCCGAGCCCGGCGGUGGGAGUGAGCAAGCAGCUCGGCGAUGAUAAGAAGAGUGCAGGCGAGGACAAGGUUAUGGGCAGAGUAUCUCGAGGUUCAAGUUUACAGUCAAACAAGGCUGACAACGAGGCUGGACAUGGGACAUUCCCGUUUGCAUAG